AUGGAAUCAAAUGGCAUUUAUUCCAAGAAUGUGUUGGUGCUUCACACCAGGCGAUCCUGCCUAUUGCACUUUAGGAAAACGGACUCCCUCCGGGGUUAUUGCCACUUCAACAGGUCGUGCAGAGCACAAACACGAGGACUGGGCCCUUUCACGUCAAACUUAGUCACAGCGUGGAAAGAAACAUUCACGGAAACCUUGUCCGCUAUUCUUCUGAAGUCAGAGGAACCAUUUGUCGCGGAAAAAUCACAAAUCUCAAGGGAGUUCACGUGA